CCCCCACCCAGGCGGCCAUCACCGCGUCGAUACGCUUGGUGAUGGGGACAACAGGGCUGAGUGUUAUAAUGCAGGCUGUUACAAAAGCAACUGCAAUUCUACGUUUGGCCAGAGCUGGUUCCCGAAGCAUUUGUUUGAAUCUCACCUGUCCUCUCCAAGUGAGGCAUCUGUCAAAGUCCAGGAGUUGGAGGAUGAGGCUUGUCCAGUUCCUGACUGUUGGCGAUCCAUGUGGAAUGAGAGUGGGCGUGCAGCAGAAGGAAGCAGGAAAAGUAAUUGACCUGAAUUUAUUCGACAGCUCCCUUCCCAGAACUAUGAAGGAGUUUCUGGAAAAGGGAGACGUUGCCAUGGAAACUGCAAGAAGAGCCCUGGAUUGUGGAAACAAUGCACUUUGUCACUCUGCAAUAGAGCUUUUGUCACCUGUAACAAACCCUGACAAAGUAGUGUGUGUUGGGAUGAACUAUAUGGAUCAUUGUUUGGAACAGAAUGUGGCAAUCCCAAAGGAGCCAGUGAUAUUUAGCAAGUUUGGCAGCUCUAUAGUGGGACCCUACAGUGACAUCAUCCACCCGACCGACACUAAUGAAGUGGACUGGGAGGUAGAGCUGGCAUUUGUCAUUGGGAAGAAAGGAAAGCACAUUAAGAAAGAAGCAGCAAUGGAGCAUGUGGCUGGUUUCAUGGUUGCAAAUGAUGUCAGUGCACGAGACUGGCAGAUGAAGCGGAAUGGCAAACAGUGGCUACUGGGUAAAACAUUUGACACGUUUUGUCCACUGGGUCCAGCCAUUGUCACCCGGGAUGCUCUCUCAGACCCGCAUAACCUGGGGAUACGCUGCAGGGUUAACGGACAGAUUAUGCAAGAUAGCAACACCAGUCAACUUGUCUUUAAAACAGAGCAACUCGUUGCUUGGGUGUCACAGUUUGUGACUCUGUCCCCAGGGGACGUCUUCCUAACUGGAACACCGUCUGGAGUUGGCGUAUUCAGGAAACCACCCAAGUUCCUCAAACGCGGAGACAUUGUGGAAUGUGAAAUAGAUGAAAUCGGGACUCUAAGGAACGUUAUUAAUUAGGUCCUUGCUGUCUUCACAUUGGAUUCCCUAAAGGCUGAUUUAUGUGACAAGAUGGAACAAUCUAGUAUGGAAAGAGGCCAGAACGUGGGAGGAAGUUGAGAUGUGUAACUCGAGUUCGAGCUCUUGUCAGAGAUCCAGCGAUCUGACUGGAUUCUUAAAGUGAAACAUGCACUUUCACAAGCAAUGAAACACGUUAAAUAAUGUGAUUUGAAAGAUUAAUGAUGCAUGGUAAAUUACAUGAUCACCUUGUUUACAUCAUUGUAAUUACUGUGCCACUAUGUACACACAGCUUUCAUCAAUGAACUUCCUAAUUCACAUCUGGUUUCAUUCUUAAUAUAAAAACUCCAUUAUUCAUUCCAA